UGAAAGUUGUUGUUGCAUGGUCAUGACUUACGCUAGAAAUCGUGAAUGAAAGAUUAAUUUGCUCAUUCUGAAAUCAAAUGAUUAAGCAAACGUAAAACAUCCUGGUUGAGAACAUAAGAACCGAAAUCAGUCAAGGAUAUUCAAGAAAGGGGAGGAUCUUAUUCACCAUAGACUGCAUUCAACAGUUCGGUCUCCGCCUGACCCAAUUCAAGUUUGACAGGGAACGCGUUAGAUCUUGUGUACGACCAACCAGAUUCAAGUUUUGGGCUGCUGUGCUGCUCUGUCUUCUUUACAUUAUGGGCCACAUGAUGAAUAUGUCAUCAACAACAAUGUCGAUGAUGAUGGACAUGAAUUCCACAGGGAUGACAGGAAUGACCCAUGAUCAUCACAUGCAUCACAACAGCACGGGGAUGGACAUGGGCACUGGCCAUGAUCACGGGUCCGGUGGUAUGGGCCAUGAUAUGGGCCAUGGUAUGCACAUGUCAAUGAAUGGUUCUGAUGAAUGUGGCAAUGGGAUGGCUAUGUUCUUCCAUACGGGCAACUGUGAAUACAUUUUAUUUGAGGGGGUUCAGACCAAGUCAGUGGCAGGAAUGGUCGGGGCCUGUAUCGUCAUCUUCUGUCUUGCUGUUUUGUAUGAGGGUCUGAAGGUUUUGCGCGAGUACCUCCUUAAGAGAGCGCUGGUAUCGGGGUCCAAGUACCAGGAAGUGACCAUCGGAACCAAGGGACUGUCAGACCCUCAGGUCAAAAGCAGCAAUGGAAUUUCUAUAGAUUACAAACCAAAAGAGAACCAAUCAAUUGGCGAUGAAGUGCUUUUCAGUAGGUCCAUACUUGAUGGAAGAUUAUCGAUGGUCAGUGGCUCUCAUCUGACCCAGACUCUACUCCAUGUCAUCCAAGUGUUUGUCAGCUACUGUUUGAUGCUCGUCUUCAUGACUUACAACGUUUGGCUGUGUAUUGCCGUCCUUCUCGGGGCGGGAGCGGGAUAUUUCUUCUUCGGCUGGAAGCGCGCUGUCGUGGUUGACGUCAAUGAACACUGCCAUUAAUAAACGACAAUGCAGCAAACACGAUUCCAAACUUGUGAUAUAUUUUUUUCUUUUUUUUUAAGAGUUUUGAAAAAAUAAUAUUACAGGGACAUGGACCCAUAUAUUUUAUAUUAACUUUUUUUUAAGUUGAAAAAAAAAUCAUAUGCCAUAUUUUAUUUGUUGAAGGAGAGCUAGCAGGUAUCCCAGUUGUAAGGACGCUGUUAGUGAAGGGUCAACUAUAUGUUGAACGCUGGGCCCCCUCUCUCUAUGAAAAGCGAGAAAUUGUAGUUUAUUAACAUAAUACCUCAAAACGAAAUUGGCCAACACUCAAUUAAUUAAUACACCUUGACACAAGCUCCCACCACCCUUGUCAGUUUAAGGGACAUGAUUUUAGUGCAUGAAUAUUCUUACACUCUAUGGCUUGCUUUUAUACUGUGUAAUUUUGUUACAGAUGUUUUCAGUGAAUGGUAUUCGUAGCAAACCCAUUUGAUUUAAAAAUUAGAGUACCAAAACAGCAUCAUACAUUGUACCUGAACCUAAUAUUUUUACGCAUAUUAUACACUGCCGUGUCUAUUAAUUGCAGGUUGUUCAAAUCAAAAUAACACAUUGUUAAAGGUAGCUACGGAGAAAGGACUAAUAUUACAUGUACUACAUGUAUUUUGUUGUAACUGUUUAAGAAUAUGAGAACUAAUUUAAAUUUUGUUAGUGUCAAAAAUAGGCUGUAAAGAUACUUAGUCUUAUCCUAUUUUAUAAGGUUCAGGCAUACAUUUUACAUACUUCAGUAUAUAUUUGUUGUCUAGAUGUAGAAAGUACUGAACAAUCUGUCAAAAUCCGUUUGGUUUGUCUCAUUAGAGUUAUCUCUCUUUCCUCUUGGUGAAGGUUGACUAUCUCAAAAUAUUGAAAAUUUGUCAUGUUCAUAUAUCAAUAAUAUGCCAAAACAUUUAGUAUAGUUUUAUCCUAGUGUAAUGGCAUUUGUUCAUGGCUUGCUAGCAAUAUUUUUGUAUACCAUUGUGAUACAGUCACAUAAAUUUUGUGCUGUACAUGAAUGAUUUGGAUGAAAAUUAAUGGACAAAUUUUUGUACUUAAGAUUGUUAUUGUUUAUCUUGCCACAGAUGUUGCACAUUACAUUGAUAAGGUACUUAAUACAUGUAGAUGUUGAUUAUGUCAAUCAGUAAAUAUACAGUGGCAUCAUUUAAAUUUGCAGCGGUCAGUUUUUUCCUGUCAUACAUCGAACUAAAUUUUCAGCAAUCAAGAUAAACUUUUGCUCUUGUCUUGCAUGCCACUAUUUGGAGUGACCGCCUUCCUUUAAAAUUUACUUUGUAUACAGGAAUCAUGGAUUAAAAAUAAUUGCAUAUGGGCAUUUUGUCAUUUGUAGUUGUCAUUAAUUAGAGUUUAUAUUGAAACGUUUACAGGUAUUUUAAUUUUCAUGCAUACAUUUGAAUGAUUUGAUACAAGAGUUCGUUCAUUUUUAUAAAACUAUGUAAUUAUCAUGGACGACAGAAAAUGUUAUUAAUGCUAUUUAGAAUAUUUUCAUUGUACUGGUAUGUGUGUGUUUUAAAGAAAAGUGAUCAAAAAUUAUGUUAACGUUGCUUACUUCAUAGAUUUUAUGAAAUCCAAAUGUAUUGGAAUUGUUAUUUGAUGACAAUAAAAAUGUACUCAUACUUCA